AUGAACAGACCACCCAAGAUCCCCAUACCCGACUUGCGCUUUGAACAGCUGUUUUUGCGUUCUCUAGACGCGUAUGCUAGUGCUAGCGUCAAACCCUUAUCUGACGCUGAGCUCCAAAACGUCGAUGACGAAGCUGAAGACAAGGAAACCCAGCUCAAGCCUAUUGCUCCCAUCACACCAGGAAUUGUUGUAUUAGCCGUUAUCAAGGAUCAGAUCCUUAUGCCGCUUCUCCAGGGCUUUUUGUGGAGCGGCUUCUUACUUAUGGUCCGUCCAGCCUUGGGAUUGGUAGUUGCCAGUGGACAGUCAACCGGUAAAUGGUUCUAUAACUUUCUAGGCCUCGGCAACGCCAGGCGCUAUGCAGUGAGGUAG